CAUUAAUGGCGUCUAAGACUAAGAGAAGCACCUCGCUUACAUGGCUGCUGCUUCUCUUUAUUUCUUUGUUGUUCAGUUUUUCUGCUAAUAAAGCAAUUGCUGCAAGGAACCUUGCUGCUAAUUAUGCAGGUUCAGAUGAUGAAAGGGGUGUGAGUAGGAGAGGUCUUGGAAGUUCUCCAUGUAAGAGAGGAAGAGAAACUUCUGAAGUGGCUGAAGGUGUAAGGACACAGGGAUUUCAAAAGCCAUAUGAUAAUCCACGUUGCCACAAUUAUCUGUGAUUUAUUUGCAGGGGUUGUUCUUCUAUAUGUUGCAAAUCAAAAUAAAACAUCUCAUGUAACUGAUUUCUGCUACAUGCUUUAAAACAAAGUUGUAAUGUGAACAAUCUGUUAAAGUUUUACAAGUGAAUGUAUUUAAAAAGUUAUUUGAUGAUUUUCACAUUUUAUUUA